GUUUCGGAAGCCUUGCGCGGCAAAGAAGAUAAAACUAUCUUUGAGCAUGGAUGGUCAGAAGCAGACACGGGAUUUCGUUCACAUGGGCAGCCAAUUUUUCUAUUGUGAGGGUGGACAAAAAUCCUUCAUCAGUCGACAGAUCCCUUCCUGAUGCACCUAUUGAACCGCCAGAUGAAAACACAGACGUCGUGAUGUUGGAUGACGAAGACGAAGAUGCAAAUACGAGGUUCGUCAAUUUCAAAGCCAAUCUGAAUACGGACGAAGAGGACGAAGACGACAUCGACUCUCGGUUCAUUCCGUCGGAUGCAGACACACAAUAUCAUCAUGGUUCUAUCACCGAAAUCCUGUCGACGAGUACAGGAUUUCAGAAUGGGUCACUGGCGUGAAUAAAGACGAUUCCAAAGUUCGCGAUUCAAAUGAUGAUGAUUACGAGAAUAAGGGCCAUCCUUCUAGGCUCAUACCCAUCCCCCAAACCAUCGUCUCGAAAUUGCUCACAUCGCCUGUCCAUAUUCCGCAAUGCUUCUUGGAAUUGGCCAAGAGCGAGACGCAACGGCCUAGCAG